UUUUGACUUUCUUAGAGGUGGUACAGCAAGCGAUUAUGAUGUUUCAGUGCGUCCUUUUUAUCUAAGAAAUACAUGCUGUGUCUCUGUCUCUUUAUAUAGUGUAAGAAUAGAUUAUAAAUGAAAUAGAAAAUUGCAUAAAUGUUUUCUGACAAUUUCGCUGGCUACCCUUGAAAUCUGGCUGACUAAGUGGGCAUCUGAUAUCGAUCGAUAGGAGGCCAGUCCUACGAAGCGCGCGCUCGUGGUUUUCAUAGGUCAUAGCCAAUUCGUCAAUGAUCACAGUCGAUGUUCUAGAUAUGGUAAAACGGUGCUUACCAAAACGGUGCUUACCAACUUUGAUAGUUAACUAUCAAUGUGUAAUUGCCAGGUAACGUACUGCCUUUAUCACUGAGAUAGCGUUAGCCCAACUCCAUUUCACAUUUUGUCAUUUGUUCUCCAGGUACUGCUCGUCAUGACAGAUGGUAUUUCACAAGACUCGCUCGGGAGAUCCUCACGUGACCUCCGAAAUGCGGGCGUGCGUAUUUUGGCGCUUGGAAUCGGCAGAAAAUUCAGACUAGCUCAGCUUAACCAAAUGGCAGCAAACCCAAGAUACGUGUUCAAGGCCGGCUUUAGAGGCCUUCAUCGUGUGGUGAGGUCAAUCAAAAGAACGGCUUGUGGAGCGCGUCGUGACCAGGCACGCAGAACAAAGUGGAAGCGUAUGACUAAAACACGUCGUUUUCAGUGGAGAAGAAGGCGGCGGCUAAGGAGAACGCGAGGACGCAGGCGAAAGAGGAGAAUGCCGUGGGGAAAGAAAAGAGAUGUAGUGAUCGUCAAACCUGACAAUUUCAACGAAAAAGAUGACGAUAACCACAGUGGCGCUGAUGAUGAUGGCGAUGGCGAAUCAUCACGUGAUUCAAAGCAAGUACGGGGAAGUCAACGAAGCGAAAUAGCUCAAUUGGAGACUAAAGUUAACAAACCAGACCUGACCCCAAGCUAUUUAUGGCGUUUUGGAUCAUCUGGAAACAACUCCGUCGCCCUAGAUGAAGUGCACGGUCACGUGGUGCAUUUUGAGGGAGGAGCCUCCAUCUCAAACACCACCGAGAGAGGCCUGGUGGCUGACACCAAUGGCGGAUGGCUAUCACUCAAAGAAACCAACAAUACCUGCUUCAGUGAUCCUGGGCAUUGCUCAGAGAACGGUAUGACGGUCAUGUCUUGGAUCAAACUCAACAAGACGUCUCUCAGUGACAAGACCAGCUCGUACAUAAUGUCUAGUGGCGGCCAGUCCACCGCGUCUCGCGGUUUCGCCGUGCUGUACAUGCCUAAGAGGUACAUCGUGAUUCUAAGCACCAAAAACAAGCAGUGGAAACUGGACACGCCUGUUUUGCCAAGCGGAUGGUUCAAUCUCGCUUUCACUUGGCGAGAAUCCAACCAGCUCAAGUUGUUUGUGAAUGGAACCUACGUGACCUCCAGUAAUCCUGCUUUGGUUUCCAGGCCCCACGAUUCGUUUACGACGUUUGAUGUUGGUCGACCAAACAAUUCGGAUAGGCUAAUGUACAGAUUCCCAUUGAGGAUAAGCGAUUUAGCUCUCUGGGAGAGGGAACUUUCUGAGCAGGAAUUAAAAUCAGCGAUGUAUAUGCAGUUAAGCCGUCACAGUGAACCACUAAAGAGGAACAAUGAAAUUUAAGAUGUGACAUUACUAUAGCAACGCGUGAAGGUUCAAGAGAUGCUCUGAGGCAACGCUGUUUUCUUAGAGUCAGCAAAAUUUGCUGAGUAGUGCAUGUGUUAUUAGGCUGCGUUAUUUGUGCAUUUAUUAUUGUGCCACUUGAACAAAUAAAUUUAUUACCGUGAA